AUGGCAACCCCAACCCCCUAUGCCCAAGAGCUCCAACUAGCCAGUCUAGCCGUCCAAAGAGCAGCUCUCUUAACAGAACAACUUCUGUUAGCGGUGGAUAAAGGCGCCCUGGACAAGAGCGACGAUUCCCCCGUAACAAUCGCCGACUUCGCCGCGCAAGCCUCCAUCAUCGCCGCAAUUCACCACGUCUUCCCGAACGACGACAUAGUCGGUGAAGAAGACGCCACAGCCCUCCGCUCGAACCCCACUCUCCUUGAGCGAACCUGGGAUCUCGCAACCUCAAUCCACCUCGACGACCCAUCCAGCGAAGCCCUCCUCCAUACACCCACCACCCGCGAUGAGCUGCUCGAUCUGAUUGAUCUCGGCGCGAAAGGCGCUUGCACACCCACGUCCCGCACCUGGACCCUCGACCCCGUAGACGGCACGGCGACCUUCAUCCGCGGUGAGCAAUACGCUGUUUGUCUAUCGCUAGUUGAAAAUGGGAUCCAGAAAAUCGGUGUUAUCGGUUGUCCGAAUCUGAUGGCUUCUGGGCCUGUUGCGGAGGAUCGGGUUGAUCGCGACGGCCACGGCCAGAUGCUGUCCGCGGUCGUUGGGCAGGGUGUUACCAUUCGGCCUCUGGGAACGGGCGCUUUGCUUCCCGGGCGCGCGCUUGACCAAGUGCCGCAGAUUGAAGAUACGGCUUUGGUGAAAUUUAUCGAUACGCGGGCGGCGAAGACGCAGGAUCUCGAAGCGCAUGGUCGAGUCGCGGCGGAAUUGGGCUGUGCGUGGCCGAACCCGGUUGAUUUAUGGUCUGCACAGAUGCGGUAUGUCGCCAUUGCAGUGCAGGGUGGGUGUAAUGCGUUUGUGAAGCUGCCGUUGUCGGAGGACUAUCGGUCGAAGAUCUGGGAUCAUGCCGGUGGCAUGCUUAUUGUGCAAGAGCUUGGUGUCCGUGUUACAGAUCUUGAGGGGAAACCGGUUGACUGUGCGCUGGGACGCACUCUGGCUGGGUGUCAUGGAAUGGUUGUUGGACCGGCUUCGGUUCAUGGGAGGAUACUUGAGGCUGUGCGGAAGGUGCGCGGGUUGUAA